AGAGCUUAGAGAGAGAGAGAGCGCUUUAACUGAUUUUGAUCUUCAAUGCUGCGGCUCAGCAUCCAUGCCGCUCUGGCAGCAGCAGCGGCAAUCUCUUGUUUCUCUUGCUUGAUCUGCGCAGCAGGAGUGGAGCGCGAUGGAUCCAGCACCACCAGGCUCCACUUCUUCAUGCACGACAUGGUAAAUCUCCAGAACCCAGCCAACGCCACCACCGCGCUCGUCGCCGGCCCAAAGAACAACCUCGCCACAUUGGCAUCGCUGGGAUCCGUGAUGGUGAUCGACGACAAGCUCACCGAGGGGCCAUCCCCGGACUCGCCCCUCGUCGGCCGAGCACAGGGCUUCUACAUGAGCGACUCGACCUCCAUCUCCAGCCUGGGCCUCUUCAUCACAUUCACGGCGGUGCUCAACAACGGGACCAUCAGCUUGCACGGGCAGGACAAUGUUCUGGACCGGGAGCGCGAGAUCGCCGUCAUCGGUGGCACCGGCGCGUUUAGAUCCGCCGCGGGCUACGCGAUCAUCUCCACCAACAAGAUGAUCCCGCCGCUGUCUGUCAUCCUCGAUGUGCAGGUGUUCUUGAGGUUGCGGGCCUCGUAAUUUCUUCUUUGCCACUGGCUCGGGUAGUCAAGAUCCUUGCCACCGUCAAAACGGAAAGGAAAAAUAAAGAGAAGUCUCUCUACUUCACAGCGGUCUCCAGUGUGAAGUCUUUGGAAUCAAGACCACCUAACGUUGGAUCUGUUUCUUCUC